UAAUACCCUACAAUAAGUACCAAUAAAGGCAAGAAAUUUAAACGAACGUAUCUAAAUUAAUUCGAACUUUAAAAAGCAGAGGAAUAUAACCCCUAAGAUAAAGGUUCUUCGCUUUUGAAAAUGUCGGAAGCAGAAUUCUGUUCCGCGUACAAAGGGAUAUAUUUACCAAAAGUAUUGCACCCUCUCGAAAUUUUAAAAUUUGAUGAAGAUGUUACAUUUCGGCUCGACGUUGUAAUUGUGACCUAUCCUAAAUCUGGCACUAUAUGGAUGCAGGAGAUUAUUCCUUUGGUCCAUAGUGGAGGAGAUCUCAAUGCGGUCAAAACUUUACCAAACUGGGAAAAUAGGGCAGCGGUGCUCAGGCUGGGGCAAAGACCCUCACUUCGAACCUUUACAACCCACUUUCAUCAUGCAAUGAUGAGCGAGUUAUAUUGCCAAGUCAAACCAAAGGUUCUCUUCCACUACUAUGGAACGGCUUCCUUUCUGGUGAAGCCAGGUACUGCAGAUGAAUUAUUGGAAAAGUUUCUUAAUGGCAGAAGUAAACUCAUGUUUGGCUCAUGGUUUGACCAUGUAAAUGGGUGGCUGGAUGCCAAAUAUCAAGAUAAUAUUUUCUACAUAGCUUAUGAGGAAAUGAUACAAAAUUUGAAAGGAUCUGUCUCCAGAAUUGCAGAGUUCCUUGGAAAGUCUCUGAGUCCAGAAGUGAUUGACAAAAUAGCUGACUGAAGUGUGUUUAAGGACAAGAAGCAGAACAAGAAGUCCAACUACUCGGUUUCAAAAGAGUUCAUGGACCAGAAGAAGUCUGAAUUUCUCAGAAAAGGAAUUGCUGGUGACUGGAAGAAUCUUUUUACCGAAGCCCUAACAGAGCGAUUUGAUGCCAUUUACCAAGAACAAAUGAAGGGUGUGAAGUUCAAAUUUGCAUGGAAUUAAGUGAACCCACCAUAUAAAUAAAGCCCAAUUGAUGUAAGUGUGGUUGUGGUGAGGGUUAGCCCUCAACUUCAAAUCUAGCCCUGCAUUUGGUAAUGAUUGAACAUAGUUGCUCUAACUGGUUGGCCAACCCAUUUUUGGUAAGGAGAGAGUGAAAUAAUUGAGGACUUUGGUUUGAGUGCUUCUGCUAUAAAAAGAUCUGAACAAAUUAAUUAACAGAUUCUCUCAAAUCUAUGCCAAAGUUAAAAUGUAAGGUCAAAUAGCUAAUUUGCCUGGUCAUGAAAUGUGGCAGGUUAUAUUUCUAAUAAAUGAGUAAUAAAUAUGAAUAGUAAUUCAUAGUACUUUGCCAAUUGAUGUAAGCAUUGUGGUGCAGAGAGGUGUUAGUGUGGAAAAGUAAUAUACCAGUGCUUGUUUGUUUUGACUCUGUGAAGUAAAAACUAAUUAUCAGUAGUCUGUUAAAUGACAUAAGACCACCUUAAUGUACUAAAAAUGAUUAUUAACAAGUAAUUUACAUUGUGUGCCUGAAACAGAAAUGAUUUGCUGGCAGUAAUGCCUAAAUUUGUAAGUUUUCAUUUUCUGGAACAUAAAAAACUUAAAGGAGGAUCAAAUGAGGUUCAAGUCCAAAUUCCUGUCUCUUGUUUGAAUGG